CUUCAGACGACUAGUUAAGAGCUAAACUUCACCCGUCUUAGACACCUGUUACAAGACCAAACCAGACCAGAGCGACGGUGGAUCUGCUAAAGGACGCAGAAAAAAGGAUCAUUUAUGUGUUACUGUGUGGAAAGAGCCAAACAAGCAUUAUCCUUCCCAUCUUAGGAUCAUCUAUUGCGACUCCAGCCACCAUUUCUGUGUUUUCUCCAUCGUGAUGAACAUCCCUGAGAAAGAACGAAAACCGAAGAAGCCUCACUACGUCCCCCGUCCGCCCGGCAAACCCUUCAGGUACCAGUGCUUCCAGUGUCCCUUCACCUGCAACCAGAAAUCACACCUCUUCAACCACAUGAAAUACAACCUGUGCCACGUUUCCAUCUCCAUCAGCUCCAGACGGGGCCGCCACGGCUCCGGCACAGCGGAGGAAACCGGCGGAGAACGGCCAUCGGAGGAGGACACAGACGACCGUUUGACCUCAAGCCCUGAACCAUCUGAGCCAUCAGAUCCUCCAGUGGUGUCUUCAUCUCCAGACGUCUGUACGGAAACCACAUCACCUGUGUGUAAACCGGAAGUGCUCCGUCCUCACGAUCCCGGCUCGGUCUGGAGGCCUUCGGGCGCGUUCACACCCGUCGCUCUGAAUCUCCAAAACAAGCCGCAUCCGCGGGAAAGAACGGAGGAUUUUCUGUAUCAUCCUGGGUUUCAUUCUCACAGCAAUCCUGCAGCUUUUCAUCCGCUGUAUCCUCACUAUCAGCCGUACAUCUAUGAGCCCGUCCUGCCUUAUGUCCAUGGGCUGUUUCCUCAGUUGUUCCCGAUGGCACAGGAGUAUUUUAGGUAUUACUACACAAUGCAGACUUACAGCUACAGCCACUCCCACCUGCCGGAGCAAACGCACCCUUCCGUGUCCUCUGUCCCAUACUCUCUGAUGGACGUCGUCCCUGCAUUUUCAGCGCCGUCGCAACACGAAGGCCCGAAUGUGCUGUAUGAUCCGUAUGCACUCGGAAUGAAUCUGAAGGAGGUUCAGAUGAGUCCGCAGAUGGGACGCUCCGCUGCCGGAUCACCCAACAGACCUGACACCAACCACAAAUCCCAGCAGCCACAAGAUGAGGGUGGUGCAGCACCAGCCAGCCAAUCAGAAGAGAGGGGCGGGGCCACACAAGCACAAGAGGACAGGAGUCUCUCAGAGAGGUCAUCAUCUGCAUCCAGAGAGAUGGAGAGAAGGGGAAAUGACAGUAAAAAUGAGAGAUUUGAUGAGGAUACUCUGAUUCCUCUCAACCUCUGCAGGAGAGACAGUCCUCUGAAUCUGUCUAUGACGACUCGAUCAGAAACCCAAUCACCCAGCGGCCUGAAGAAUGAGGGGAUUGUGGGUAUCAUGACAUCACAAGAGGACGAUCAUUUACCUGUAGAGAAAACAGCCGCGUUUGCUCUCUGUCAGCUGGCUCAGUCCGGCGUUUCAAACCUUAGCAAAAACUCAAACCUCAGUUUCUCUGAUUCAAAUGUCUGUCAGGAGCAAGAAAGAAACCUUCUCACCUCAGUCCAAAAUCCAGCGUCUGAUGCGAGUGACCACACUGACCUCACAGAAACAGAUUCCACUGACUCUAAAACACCUCCAGCUGUGAAAUCAGAUGUAGGUGUAGAAGACUCCGCCCCUUGCGCUGAAGCUGCAGAAGUCCCCGCCUCCUCAUUGAAUAAUCCGCAUCAGACACAGACGAAAAAACAGGGAAAACACAACAUGAAGAGAAAACAGAUGAGCAGCCACAGCAAACACAACCUGAGGAAAAGAAUUCGCCGUUAAUAUCAAAUCAAUACAGAAAUGUAAAAUAAAGGCUGUAUAUGAGACUAUUUUAUAACUAAGUUUUAAUGUUUAAGGGAAGCUCAGCUCUCAAUCAAAACGUGAAGCACUGAAUCAUAUUUAUUUAUAUUUUGAACAUUGUAACAUUUUCUUGCAUUGUUAUUCAUUACUCAUUACA